CACCUGUCCGUUUUUCGGGUCCCCAGGGCUCCCCAAGGCCGCGGUGGUGACGGAGCAGAAGCUGCUGAUGGUGGCCAGCCUGGCCGGCAUGUGUGGGCUGCGCCGCGACGACGUCGUGUACACCACGCUGCCCCUCUACCACUCGGCCGGGCUGCUCGUCGGCCUCGGAGGCUGCCUCGAACUCGGAGCCACGUGUGUCCUGAGGAGCAAGUUCUCGGCCUCCCAGUUCUGGGCCGACUGCCGGCGCUACAACGUCACCGUCAUCCAGUACGUGGGGGAGCUCAUGCGCUACCUGUGCAACGCGCCCCCGGUGAGCCCCAAAACUACCCCCAAACUGCCCCCAAACUGCCCCAAAACUGCCCAAAAACUACACAAAAACUGCCCCUAAACUACCCCCAAUACUGG